AUGUGAUUAAAACUUGACAUAUCUAAAGUGAACUCAUUCGGAAAGACAACAACAAACACUCAUUCUGCAGUGCAGCUAGGAGGAAUGUGGCAUCACCAUCAGCUUCUGCAUUGGAGUGGAUUUUCAUCCCUGGAGGGGAUAUCCUCUCGUUAUUUGCGUAUCACUCAAAUGGUUAUGAAAAAAUUUUAAAAAAAAAGAGAGAAGAUGUAUUAACAUGUAUAUCACUUCACAAACAUGCAAGUUCAAAUUCAACUUCUAUAUCUCGCAACGAAAAAAACAAAUUAAACUACAACUAGUUAACAGUUAACGUAUAUCCACAAUCAAGUUUGUUUUUUUCGUUACGAAAUAUAGAAGCUGAAUUUGAACUUACAUAUUUGUAGAGCGAUAUAUCACAUCUUAAUACAUCUUCUCAAAUUUUUUAAUUUUUUUUCAUAAUCAUUUAAGUGACAUGCAUACAACGAGGGAAUAUCCCCUCCAGGGAUGAAAAUAGUUUCCGGCUUCUGCAUACCUUGUGAUGUCCCUCUCUUGUCUAGUACUGGCAUGAAUCGGCACGCAGCACUGCUGUGGCUGCUGCUGCUUCAUGUCAUAGUAACAGUACAUUCUCAUGCACCGGUGACCGAUGCACUGACUGGUCGUCCGCCACGCCCAACAAGAACAACUACUAGGCUAGUACUGGAGGACUAUCUUUUUUCCGAGAAAAUUACUCUCCAUCCCUUCUUAUGGAGUAGGAGUAUUAAACAAACAGAAGAAAGGAUAAUGAUACUCUGUUUGGGAGUCCUUUCCCUCCCUUUGAUGCAGCAGCAGCGUUUUUGAUUGCGCAUUUGCAUGGCGCGCGGCCAGCCCAACAUCGCAACGCAUCAAAGUAGGGACGAUAUAUAUAUAUAUACUCCGACGAUCGAUCCCUUGCCUUGCUCACGUACCGAGCUGCUUCAAGAAAAAAAAAUCAAUGGCGUCUCAGAAGAAAGCAAGGACUUGAAGAAGAGCUCAUAGUAUGGCUCUGCGGCCUCAGCUUGUGCCUCCGCUGCUCUCCCACCGCCGCCGCCUUGUCAUACCUCUGCUUGUCUUGCUCCUCGCCGCCGCCGCCAGCGACGAGCAGCUGCUAAGCCUGCGUGGGCAGGCUGCUGUCCUUGUGUCCAUCAAAGACGCCUUCUCCCCGCCUCUCCCGACGCCAUUGCGCACUACCUGGAGCAUCGCCAACGACGCCUCUCUCUGCUCCUCGUGGCAUGCCGUCCGCUGCGCCCCCGACAACCGCACCGUCGUCUCCCUCGACCUCUCCGCCCACAACCUCUCCGGCGAGCUCUCCUCUGCCAUCGCCCACCUCCAGGGCCUCCGCUUCCUCUCCCUCGCCGCCAACUCCCUGGCCGGCGACCUACCGCCCACCAUCGCCGCCCUCCGGCACCUGCGCUACCUCAACCUCUCCAACAACCAGUUCAACGGCACCCUCCACUACUACUUGUCCACCAUGAACAGCCUCGAGGUCCUGGACGUCUACGACAACGACCUCUCCGGCCCGCUCCCGCUCCCGGACACCAACAGCAACCUCCGCCACCUCGACCUCGGUGGCAACUUCUUCUCCGGCAGCAUCCCGACCAGCUUCGGCCGCCUGCAGGCCAUCCAGUUCCUCUCGGUCGCCGGCAACAGUCUCAGCGGCCGCAUCCCGCCGGAGCUCGGCAACCUCACCGCCCUGCGCCAGCUCUACCUGGGCUACUACAACCAGUUCGACGGCGGCAUCCCCGCGUCGCUGGGCCGCCUCGCCAGCCUGGUGCACCUGGACCUGGCCAGCUGCGGACUGCAGGGGGAGAUACCGCCGUCGCUGGGAGGCCUCGCCAACCUCGACACGCUCUACCUGCAGACCAACCAGCUGAACGGCACCAUCCCGCCCGCGCUCGCCAACCUCACCGCUCUCAGGUUCCUCGACGUCUCCAACAACGCGCUCACCGGCGAGAUCCCGCCCGAGCUCGCCGCGCUCACCCACCUCCGCCUCCUCAACAUGUUCAUCAACCGCUUCCGUGGCGGCAUCCCGGAGUUCAUCGCCGACCUCCGCUCGCUCCAGGUCCUCAAGCUCUGGCAGAACAACUUCACCGGCUCCAUCCCCGGGGCUCUCGGCCGCGUCGCGCCGCUCCGUGAGCUGGACCUGUCCACCAACAGGCUCACCGGCGAGGUGCCGCGCUGGCUGUGCGCGCUCCGCAAACUCGACAUCCUCAUCCUCCUCGACAACUUCCUCUUCGGCCCGGUGCCGGAGGGGCUCGGCGCGUGCCGGACGCUCACGCGGGUGCGCCUGGCCCGGAACUACCUCACCGGCCCGCUCCCGCGCGGCUUCCUCUACCUGCCGGCGCUCACCACGCUGGAGCUGCAGGGCAACUACCUGACGGGGCAGCUCCAUAAUGAGGAUGAGGACGCUGGCAGCCCGCUGUCUUUGCUCAAUCUCUCCGGCAACAGGCUCAACGGCUCCCUCCCGGCCUCCAUCGGCAACUUCUCCUCCCUGCAGACGCUCCUGCUCAGCGGCAACCACUUCACCGGCGAGAUCCCGCCUGAGGUUGGCCAGCUGAGGCGGCUGCUGAAGCUGGACCUGAGCGGCAACAACCUGAGCGGCGAGGUCCCUGGCGAGGUCGGCGAGUGCGCGUCGCUGACGUACCUAGACCUGAGCGCGAACCAGCUGUGGGGCGCCAUGCCAGCGCGGGUGGUGCAGAUCAGGAUGCUCAACUACCUCAACGUGUCGUGGAACAAGCUCAACGGCAGCAUCCCCGCGGAGAUGGGCAGCAUGAAGAGCCUCACCGACGCCGAUCUCUCCCACAACGACUUCUCCGGCCACGUGCCCCACAACGGGCAGUUCGCCUACUUCAACGCGUCGUCCUUCGCGGGCAACCCGCGGCUGGUGCUGUGCGGCACGCCCGCCCCCGGCCCCGCCCCCGGGACGACGACGCCUGGCAGCGGGGGGGACGGGCGGGCGCCGGUGAUGUGGCUGGCGGCGGCGCUGGGGCUGCUGGCUUGCUCGGUGGCGUUCGCGGCGGCGGCGGUGGCGACGACGCGAUCGGCGAUUGAGCGGAGGCGGCGGUCGGGGUGGCAGAUGAGGGCGUUCCAGAAGGUGCGGUUCGGAUGCGAGGACGUGAUGCGGUGCGUGAAGGAGAACAGCGUGGUGGGGCGUGGCGGGGCUGGGGUGGUGUACGCCGGGGAGAUGCCCGGCGGGGAGUGGGUGGCGGUGAAGCGGAUCGUCGACGGUGGGUUCUCGGCGGAGGUGCAGACGCUGGGGAGGAUCCGGCACCGCCACAUCGUGCGGCUGCUGGCCAUGUGCUGGAGCGCGGAGGCGAAGCUGCUGGUGUACGAGUACAUGGCCGGGGGGAGCCUGGGCGACGCGCUGCACGGCCACCACCGGCACCACGACGAGUACGACGACGAUGGCAGCAAUACUAAUAUUAUUGGGUCGUUGUUGUUGCCGUGGGCGGCGCGUCUUCGUGUGGCGACGGAGGCCGCCAAGGGGCUGUGCUACCUGCACCACGACUGCUCCCCUCCCAUCCUCCACCGCGACGUCAAGUCCAACAACAUCCUUCUCGACGCCCGCCUGGAGGCGCACGUCGCCGACUUCGGCCUCGCCAAGUACCUGCGCGCCGGCGCCUCCGAGUGCAUGUCCGCCAUCGCCGGCUCCUACGGCUACAUCGCGCCAGAGUAUGCAUACACGCUGAAGGUGGACGAAAAGAGCGACGUUUACAGCUUUGGGGUGGUGCUGCUGGAGCUGAUAACGGGGCAAAAACCGGUGGGAGAGCACCUGCAGCUGCAUCAAGAGGAGGAGGAGGAAGCAAAUACGACGACGACGGUGGUGGACCUGGUGCAGUGGGUGCGGGCACGCUGCGGCAGCGGCAAGGACGGAGUGUGGCGCGUCCUCGAUCGGCGGCUGGGCGGCGACGUGCCGGCAGCGGAGGCCACGCACAUGUUCUUCGUGGCGAUGCUGUGCGUGCAGGAGCACAGCGUCGAGCGCCCCACCAUGCGCGAGGUCGUGCAGAUGCUCGAGCAGGCAAAGCAGCAGCUCAGCCGCUGCCACCCUCCUCCUCCUCCUCCAACAUCCACGUCGAUCGACCAUGCAUGCAUGAUAUAAUAUGAUAUGAUAUGCCUGCUACUGUAUAUGCUUAGCGUACGUCUCCUAAUUGCCUUGCUAAUAGGAGUACUUCUACACCACAUAUGCAUAUGCGUGCGGAUCGUUUCGAGCCGACAUACAUGUCCAACGGAUGCUCAUAUGUCUGAUGACAACGUACGAUCGAGAUAUAUAUAUAUACGACAUGCAUGGAGCUCCGGCCGGCCGGCUUGCUGACUAUUA